AAAAAAAAGAAGGACGUUUCCGUUGUGCGCGUGCCGCGUGCGGUUAUCUCCUCCUGUCGCCGCCUCCACUUCCACCAUCCCAAGUGCUCCCUCUCCCGUCCCUCAGUCCGCUACUCCGCUGCCGGUGCUGCAUCAGUUAGGUCAGCGGCGGCGCCGCUGAUCAGGUCAGGUGGUGCCCAGGCCGUUCACGGACCGAGCCCUCCCGUCCUCGUCCGACGCGAGGGCAAUCACCCACACGGGACGCCUUCCGAAGCGACACCCCUCCUCCUCUGGCCAACGUCCCAGCAACAACGAGAAUGGUAGUUAACUGUUUAAAGAGGAAUGCGCUCUGCUUCGCAUCUGUGUCCAUGGGCGCAAGUAUAAUAAUGACGCCAUAUCAACUGUACAGAGCUGGCUGAUGAGAUAUGGAUCAACUGCUUCCAAGACAAGCUCGCCUUCAGACAUGAUGAGGAGCGAAGUAACUGAAGCUGCAAAGCUACUGAACCUGUGGAAUGAAUGGGGGUUACAGAUCCUGGUCCUUGUAAGCUUCGGGUUACAAGUAUUCCUCCUCGUUUUCGGAGGAGUCCGCCGUCAUAGCAACUCCACUGCCCUUGCGUUCUCCCUCUGGUCGGCAUACGUACUGGCCGAUUCCACAGCGACAUACACCCUGGGCCACCUAUCUGUUGACAGUAGGUCAAACGAGCACCAGCUGGUGGUGUUCUGGGCGCCGUUCCCACUGCUGCACCUCGGUGGCCCAGACAACAUCACAGCGUAUGCACUCGAGGACAACGCGCUCUGGCUACGCCAUCUGCAAAUUCUCGCCGUGCAGGUCCUAGGAGCUGCUUAUGUGAUAUACAAGUACAUCUCCAGCAGCGGGAAAUUGCUUUUGCUGGCCUCCUUGUCCAUGUUCUUUGUCGGUAUUCUCAAGUAUGGCGAGAGGAUAUGGGCUCUCAAGUGUGGCAACAUCAGCAGCAUCCGCAGCAGCAUCAGCAUCCGGAAGGUCAAGACUGACCCUUAUCAGUUAUUGACUUUGGGUACUAGCGAAGAGGAUUUGCUGCUUGGAGCCCACUCCCAGUUCGAUAUCUGCAAAGGUGUCUUCGCCGAUAUCAUAAUGCUACCGAAUCCCUUAGUUCGUUCACAACCUAAACCACGUUCCGUGAUAUCUUAUCUGGGAGAGGAUCUAUACAAGUUGGUCGAGAUGGAGCUGUCUCUGAUGUAUGACUUCCUGUACACCAAGGCAGCAGUGAUCCACACAUCGUAUGGCUUCUGCAUCCAUUUCAUCUCGCUGUUUGGCACAGCCACCACAUUCCUUUUGUUUCAGCUCAGUAUCAGCAGCAGUGGAAAUCGGUACAGCAGAGUGGAUGUGGCUAUCAGUUAUGUUUUACUGGUAGGGGCUUUGGUCCUGGAAAUCAUAUCAGUGUGCAGAGCUGUACUAUCCACCUGGACAUGUUCUUUGUUGCACCGCAGGGGCAGGGGAUGGGAGUGGUGUCUCCACAUUAUCACUUCCCUUGGUCAGCGUGUCCAUCCAGCAAGCAGGAGACUCUGGUCGGGCUCCCUUGGGCAGUACAACUUGUUCCACUUGUGCACCCGCAACACCAACGAGAUAGGGAGCAGACUAGCAAUGAAAUUGGGGCUCGAGGACUGGUGGAACAUGAUGCACUUCUCAGGCACUUUCCCACACACUAACUCGUCUUUGUCAAUACAAGAUAUCAAGAAAUUGGUUCUGCAAGCACUGCGAAGCAAAGAGCAAGCACUGCAACACCAGGAUACUGAUUUGAACUCAAGAGGCAGCUUUAUACUGAAACGUAUGGAGGCCUACAAGGACUUUGCUCGCUGGAGCGUCAACAUUGACUUCGACGAGAGCAUCCUUGUUUGGCACAUUGCAACCGAGGUGUUCAUCAGGAAAUCCAAGGCCAAACAUGCAAAAGAACUCCUUGAGGCUACUGAGGUACUAUCCAAUUACUUGAUGUUCUUGCUGGUGGUAAAACCUAACAUGCUACCAGGCGCUGCACGGCAUAACAUACAUCUCACCUCCUGCGAACAACUAGAAGGACACUGCCGAACACGAUUUGGUGAUAAGGACAGUCCAUUGGCGCCAUCCCCUGUAAGCUGGAACCUGUGCUAUAUUAUUAAGGAAUUGUUCCACCAUGAUGGCCCCAGUUGCUCCAGGAUCCCACGGAGGGAGAAGCUUGCAGAGGUGGCGUGGAGUUUCUCCCAAUUUGCACUGGUAUAGCUUCCCUGACCAUUCAACUGAAAAACAUUUCGUUGGUAAUUUAUGUUUGAAGAUAUAGAACAUCUUAAACAGGUUUUUGUUCUAAUUUUACUAACAGAACCAGCACAUGCAUAUAUUCAGAGCUGCACCAAAAAGGCAGUUCCAAACUGAUUUUCUUCGAGUGGAAUUUCAUUCAUAGUGGACCAUCUGAAUUUUAUUUCUUGACUUUGUUUUUUUAUUUUUUAGAUAGACCUUGGUCUAACAAAGUGCAUACUAAAGUUCAGGGUGCAGUAGUUUUAUGUAAUUGUCCUUAUUUGUCUCAGGGAUCAGUAAAGGCACCAAAUCCACACGGGAACUCCAUCCGUGACAGUGCUAAUAUGUAUGCAAUCUUGCUCGCCAACGAGCUUAUGAGCAUAGAGUUGCGGUGGCAAGAUCAGCGUGACACUUUGGAACUGAUCCUGGGGGUGUGGGUGGAGAUGUUGUUGUAUGCUGCUGACCAUUGCAGCCAAGAGUCCCAUGCCAGGCAGCUCAGUAAUGGCUGCGAAUUCAUCACCAUCGUGUCGUUGCUGGCACACCACUUCAAGUACUACUCUGGGGCCUUCAGGGACGCCGCAACCUAGGUGAAGAUAAACCCGCAAGUGAAAAUAACCCCGUUACUGUAAAUAAUCCCAUGAGUGAAAAUUGUGCAAACUUGGUUUAGAUGAGUUCGCACAAUUUUCAUUUGAAAUGACCUCUCUGUCAGUUCAGGGGAAAAACCUGAGGAUUCAUGACUCCAAACAAGAGUAAAUAUAUUUAUCUGUAGAUGAACAUAGUAAUUAAAGUGCUAGGAUUCAUCAAGGUUAGCUUUGGACUCUCCAUUCAACAGUUUGUAAGGUGAGUCUGGCUGGCUGUGUGUGGGUGUGACAUUGUUAGACUACCCGUCUAGGGUUUGUGUUAUUCCCUUGUAAUGACCGUUAUACCCCCUGUGUAAUGGGCCUGGCCCAGUUACUCACUCUAUUAAUAUCACUCCCAACCCCUGUUUAGGGCAUGGGUUCCUA